AUGACAAAAUCAUAUUCAAAGACUGAAUUUCACAAUUUAAUGGAGAAGGGGGAGACAUUUGAUGUUAGAGUGAAGAAUUACUUGAAAUUAGCGGGAUAUGAUAAGUGGGCUAGGUCAUAUGCAUCAAUUCAUAGGGGAUGGACUUUGACAUCAAACAUUGCCGAGUCAAUUGAUGCUGCACUACAACAGGCACUGUAUUCUUUUACGGAUCUUAUUGGUAAAUUUCAACAAAUUCUUCAACAAAAUAAAGCGGAGUGUACGCGUAUGAAGGAAAAUACAUAUGCUGAGAUGGUUAAAUAUAUUUGCAAAACUGUUUCUGACAUAACCUUGCAGAAAAAUACAUAUGCUGAGAUGGUAAUACCUUCAUCAGAGUAUAUUUAUACAGUCCACGACAAGGAGAAACAUUUUAUUAUUUGUCUUAAGGAAAAACAUGUUCUUGCAAUGCAUUUUAGCUGA